AUGAGCAAGUCGACAACAACGACAACUUCAACAGCUUCAAUACUCAUCCCUCCGGAUGAGUGUUUUCAACUGGUGAAAAAUACAGCUAGUGAUACAACAGCUACCAAAAACAAAAAUAAAGUGGUCUUAACACCCACUAUGCGCAAGGUGGUGGCUCAGCGAAAAUUGAUUCAAAAACAAUAUCAAUUAGCAACAACAUCAUCGUCAACAACAGCAGCUUCAGCGACAGAAGCUUUUAAUAGUAGUGGUGGACGUCAAAAGAAAAAUGAAAAGAACAAAAAACCAAAACGCAACGGUUUUGGUCAAGCAGCAACAAAUCCAGUUGCUGAAAUACCAACAACAUAUUUUAUAUUGAACACAGGAACAUAUUAA